AUCGUGAUAAAUAUCUCGUUGCUGAUUAUGAAGAUUUCAAAAUUUUUAUAUGUUGUAAAUUUAGAAGUAUAAAAAAUAUAGGAUUUAAUGAUAUUGAACGUGUAAAUGGAUUUAUUAAAGCAUUUCAUCCAGAAGAUAGUGGUGUAAUCGUAACUAACAAAAAUUAUUCAGAAAAUUCAUAUGACCAAGCAAGAAAAAUGAAAAUUUUAGUAUGUCAAUCUAGAAAUAUAGUUAAAAAUAUUAAGAAAGAAAUCGAAAGAAAAAAACAAAUAUUAUUAAAAGAUUCAAACGAACCAAAAGAAUUAAUUGUAGAAGUGAUCGAAGAAAUUAUUGAUGAUAAUAUAAAUGAAUAUGAAUACUUAUUUGAAGGAAAUAACUUUAAAGGUUUUUUAUUCGAAGAAAUUGGUUUUAUUUUGUCUCCAGUUAGUUCAAAAAUUGCUAAAUUAGCAUUAAUGGGACCUGAAGCUGAAGUUUUAAAAGUUAAAUGUUUUUUGAUCGAAAAAAAGAAAGAUGAUGAAGAAAUUCCUCUUGAUACAUUUUGUAUAUCUGAAAAUAUUUUAGGUUAUUUUUAUUUAAGUAAAAGUGAUUAUAUCAUAAAAUAUGAUAAUGAGAAAAUGUUUCAUUUAAAAUUUAUUGAAGGGACUAAAUUUUCAAUUUGGAAAUAUAAUGAUAAUGUUAAACUUAAUGAAUAA